GCGGCGGCGGCGGCGCGGAGGAUGAAGUGGAGCGUGCGGGGAGCCUGCGCCGCGCUCUCCAGCUGCCUCCUGCUCGCCUGCGCCCUCAGCGCCGCCGCCGUGGGCCUCAAGUGCUUCUCGCUGGGCUCCGAGCUCAAGGGUGAGCCCUUCCGCCUGGGCACCGCUGCCGGCGCCUUCUACUCGGGGCUGCUGCUGGCCGCCGGCCUCUCGCUACUCGCCGCCGCGCUGCUCUGCUGUCGCCCGCCCGACGAGGUGCCUGCGGCGCCAGCACCGGCUUCUGCUUCUGCUUCGGCCCCGGCCCCGGCCCCAGCUCCGGCCCCGGCCCCGGCCCUGGCUGCGGCUGGGGAUCCGGAACCCGCGGGCGGCUGCCCUGGCGCGGGGGAGGCGGCGGCCGCGCCGUCGGGUCCGGUGGAGAAGUCGCCGCCUGGGGGGCGGCAGAACUUCCUGCUGCUGGGGGUGCUGGUGUUCAUGCUGGGCGUGCUGAGCGCCUUCGCCGGCGCCGUCAUCGACGGCGACACCGUGUCGCUGGUGGAGAGGAAAUACUCGCACUACUGCCUGCUGCAGCCCGGCGGCGCGGCUCGCCCGCGGACCGGCCCCGCGGCACCCGACGGCUCUGCCGCGGCGCUCCGCUGCCAGAAGCUGCGGGACUAUCAGCAAGGUUUGGUGCUCUCCACCGUCUUCAACGCGCUGGAGUGCCUCCUGGGCCUGCUCAACCUUCUUCUCGUCAAAAACUACAAGGCCUCGCAGCAGCGCGGGCGGCGGCGACGGCGGAGGCGAGCGGCACCGGCGACGACGGCCGUGCCGGCGGGCGGGCGGCGGCGGCGGCGGAGGGGCGGCGGCGGCGGCGGGCGGCGGGCGCCGCGCCACAGCCAGGGCUCCCUCUUCUCCGGCGGCGAGCCCGAGCUCAGCCCCGGGGAUUGCCCCUUUCAGGCCGUCUCCUACAUCAACGUGGGCGUCUUCCACGUCUUCGACGAGGCCGGCGUGGAAGUGCACUGCGGCGGGCACCCCUCCGUCGAGUUGCCAGGCUACUCACCCAUGGACCCCGAGCUGAAUGCCUCCUACCCCUACUGUUACCCGCUGCCCAGCGAGCGGCCCCCAGCUUACGAGGAGAUCUACCCAAGGGAGCCCUGCUCUCAUGGCACCUAGCCCCGACAGCCGGCGGAACGCCCGGCUCUUCGCCCGACCCUCAGCUCACCGUGACAGCUGGGAGCGGGCCCGCCAGCGCCUCUAAGCAGCGGGACCUGGGGACAGCCCUCGCACCGCCGACAGCUCGGCUUUGCCACCGCGGGCCGCGGGCGGGAUACCGCCCUGCCUCUAGUUCUAUGGAAGCAUCUCCUCUGCCGCUCUCUACUUUCCUCUUCUUUUCUUCCCUUCCCUCCCACAUACAGACCUUCCGUCCGUCUGUCCGCCUGCGGCUGAAUUUUCCAAAGGCUGUGCAAGAAACGCCUAAGGGUUGGUUCUUCCCGCCGCCUUUCCUCCGUAGCCAAGUUUAGUUCUCUUCAAGUGAUUCAUCAGUCUUCAGCUUUAGCAGUCCAGAGUUACCCAUUUAUGAUAACCAGCCAGUGUAAGGAAAAGGUGUCAUGAAGCUUCUUUACCUCUCAAAAGAGCUAAAUUUCUGAACAACGCAGAGACAUUUGUGUCACGUUUACUAGAGAUGUAUUGGGGAUCUUUAACGUUUACACUACUCCUUGGGAGAAUUGAGUUCUGUUUUAAGAUUUUAGUGAGUUAAAACAUUCGUUGGUCUUGUGAGAUGCACAUUGAGAAAAACCUGCACUUUGAAAAAGAAACAGGAAAAAAAAAAUCAACAACGUUUUUUGUACACUAAUGUGCCUGCUUUUGUUGAUAACUUCUUACUGUAAAAGCUUUCAGAAGUCUAUAGUGAAAAUGUUUGGUAAAUUCACUGCAGUUUAAAUUGAUGAUUAGUUCCUUUACUAAAACAGCUGAGAUGUUGCUAGGAUAUGGCAGUUAAAAGGAAGUCCAAAUGUCAUACACAUUCCUUUUUGUAAACAGGUUCUGUGUUUUUAAUGCAAGGCAGUAUUUCAUUUUGUUCUACAGAGGUGAAGGGUUUAAUUCUGUUUUGUACAACUAUAUGGUUUUUUUUUUGCUGUUGUUGUUUGUUUGAUUUUUGGUUUUUUUGUGUUUUUUUUUUUUUCCUUGUAAAGAGUUCCAUUUUACCUGUUACAAUUCAUCAAUCUGGUAAGCUUGAAUAUUAAAAAUUUUAUUUGAAAUAGAUAUAUAUAUAUAUAUAUAGUAAAACAGCCUUAACUGGUGCAGUGGUCAAAGAUUUAAAGGGGAAAACAAGAAAAUAAAGAGGGGAAAAAAAAACCAUCUUGGAAGGCAUCUUCCGAAUGUGUUUUCAAAACAUACUCCUAUCAAAAAGUAAGAAUUUCCUUUGUUUAAAAAAAAAAGGGGGGGGGGCAAGAAAGAAAGGCUGUUAGAGAGGUGGGGAGAAAUAAAUAAUAGGAUUUUAUGUUAUUCCUUCUGAAUUCAGAGGUAUCAAAAAGGCUUUCUGCAAAGAGAAAAACUGCUAAAUCCUCCUUUUGGAAUCUGCUGUGGAAUGCUAGUACCAGAUAGUUUUAGAAAGUGCUAAUUAAAGAGAAGCAGGUAUGGCAUAGACAUAUUGCAUCAUUCAAUAACUGGUAAAGGCUUAAUUUAUUCUGGCACAACCAAACGAAAAAAUAAAAAGCAACUCGGAUUUCAUUUGGUUCAGUACUCGCUUACCCGGUUAUGGCAUGGUGAAAAGAAACGUUACAAAAUAACCUUUCUGUUUGAUCUUGUGUUUGGAGCCUGCUGCGUAAUGCCAGUGUAUCAGCUACCCAGAGAGAGAGUUCAGGGAAGGCAAAGUUGACAUUGUAUUUCUGUGGUCAAUCGAAAAAUAGUUCUUAAUUUUCAGCUGCAUAGGAGCUGACGUAAUUAGCAGCCUUAGAACUGAGGAGAGAAGAUUUUCAUCUAAAAGGAUUCAAACCUCUCUGCACUGUUUGGUUUUUCUGAAGUGUUUGAACUUCAGAAUCUAAAAUGAAGCCCUAAAAAAAAAAAAAAUAGAUUGCAAACCAACGUCUGUUGACACUCACAGUUAAAGCUCUAAGCUAAAGGAUACAGUUAAAGGCAGCAGCUGCCAGCUUGCCAAGCAGUUCUAAAUAGCAGACAUUUAAAAUACAGCUCUUUUUUUUUUUUUUUUUUUUUUUUUUUUUUUGGCCAGCAGGUUUCUUUGUGUGGAAUGCAAGCCUCAAAAGCAUAUGCCCUAGCUAAGUCCCGUUAUGGUACUGAAGAUUGGCUUUAUAUUGGCUCUCUGCAGAUGCACCUCCGUAACCCCUUACAAGGGACCGACUGGGAAGUCCUGUAGUCGUACAAUACUGAUGUAGGCACAAACUCAGUCUCAUAUUGUUCAUACAGCCAAGAUUCUGCAAAGUGAGUAGCUAAAGCUAGGAGGCUAAAUCCUUUUGUAGAUCUCUGAUUAAAUUGAGUUUAUGAAACAGCACAGUACCCUGCACUGAGUUACAUGGGAACUGCUAGGCUGCAGGGUGAGGUUAAAAAACAGACCAGCUAGGUGCCUAAGUACAGAUGCAGAAGCAUAAUAAUAAUCAUUUGCUUUAGGUGAUUUGGCUUAUGUACACUGUAGUUCACAGAAGUUUAAUCAUAGUUUUACCUAAGGAAUUGAGUUUUUGACAUUAAAAGACACUAUUUUACUUACUUAUAACUAUUUUAGGAAUUAUGAUCUAGGCAAUUGUGAAACUCCAGAUGUUCCAAAGAUCAGUGCUCAGGGAAAUAAAUGGAAAGUCAAGAAAGCUACCUAUUAUAGUCAAAUGUUUAAAUGUAAGCAAUUUUAAGCUAUGGAUUUUUUAAGGUUGUCAGAUUAUUUUUUUCCUUUUUUUCUUCCUUUUUUUUUUUUUUUUUUUUUUUGUUUCGUUUUGUUGGUUUGGCUUUGGUUUUGGGUUUUUUUUGAGGGGUGUGUGUGUAUGCAUACAUGUGUGUUUUAAGUGUGUUUGUGCUUUAUUUAAGUCUGUUCACGAUGCCAUUGAAUUAAGACAUUUAUCUGUGGCAUAGUUUUUAGUUCCUGAAUUUCUACUUUUCUUCAUAUGGGUUUUUAUUCCCCCAUAGCAGUUUUCAUUUAGUGAUGGACAGAUUGCCAGAAAGAUGUCCAAGUCAAGCUCCCACAGAAGCCAGUAGGUGUCAUUUCAUUGACUUCAGUGCAUCUGGGCACAAAUGAUAAUGUAACUCCUACUCUAAAUAAUCUUAAAAGUAAUAUUGAUCUUCUGGCAUGACAGGAUGCAGCAGUGGCAUAUUAUUUCUCAGUUCUUUAUGGUUUUAUGGGCAGCAGUAUUAAGGGAGGUCACCUAUGGUAUUAUACACAUUUUUUUAACAAAAGGAAUCUAAAAAAAAAAAAAGGGGGGGGGGGGGGGUAGAAAUCACCACAAAAACUAGCAGGCAAAUUGACCAAACAAGCCAUGUUUUCUUAAAAGAUUAUAUACAAGUGUUUCAGGUUAUCUGGCAACUAACUUUAUUUCCUUUUUUCUGAUAGAACACCACAUGCAUUUAUUUCUCAGAGAGAAGAAACUUAUAAAUACAGGCUACAAGAUGAGGCUUCACAAGCAUGAAUGCAGUUUUGUGAGGCCAUUUUUAGUAAACCUGAAUCAUCACUCUGUCUUCUGAGCAAUAAUGUUAGAGUGUAUAAACUGUACUGUGCUGAAAUUGAAAAUAGGCUGGUGUGGGAAGCAUCUUGAGCGUAGGUUAAUUACCUAAGAGGACUCAUACUCUCCCCUUUAUUUUCCAUUCCCUGUUCACAUGAUUGUCAAGGCAAAUGCAAAGCCUGAUCAAUUUAUGUCUCUGGAGGAUGUUAACUGCAAGGCUUUUUGCCUUAAAUAGCAAAACCAGGGAGAAUGUUAAGAGAAACAUCGUGUAUGUGCUAUCAAGUCUCCAUUUUGCUUAGCUGAAGCAACAAGACUGUUUUUUGACCCAUGGCUUGUUUUAAUUUGUUCACAGCUUUAUUCACAUCUGUUAAAAGGGAGGGAUGAAUAGGCACAACGCUGCUGUUUUGGUCACAGUGGAGUUCCAGUUCGGUAGCAGACUGCUCCCACCUCUCCUGUCCCUUUUGCAGGUAAUAGCAGCUAGUCAAGGGAUGAAAGGGUGGAAAAUCAAGACAGCUGCCUUUGAUGUGACAGAAUUUGCCUUCAUGCGGGGGGGAAAAUAAAUAAAUAAAUAAAUAAAUGUAUGUUCCCACCAGCCUAUUAGCAAUUCACAUGAAUUAUUUUCACACUCCAACAUCCUUGCUUAGAUCUGUAACUUCUACUUUGCAUUGUAAUUGACACACAGAAUAUACGUGAACCUAAAACCAGGCAAACCUGUGUUAGAGGAAAAUUGUACUAAGUAGCACAGACUUUACUCAAAAGUUUUGAUUUCACUGUAGGACUUCUUUGGUUUACCAAAAAGCGCUAUGGUGGCUGGUAUAACUUAGCUAUAUUUCAGACACAUACUGUUUAAUCAUCAGAAAAGGUUUCUGGAUGUUACAUGAGAAUGGCAAUCUGUUUCUGCUUUUGGGCAUAGUACAUAUGAAAACCUUUUCUUCAUUUUUGCCAUUUAAUCCGAGAUUGAUCCUCAAGAAAAAUGUCAGUAAUUGAUCUUGUAAUUUUAGGAUCAAUAAAAUGCGUUUUAAAGCACAGCAUAUCCUAUAAGAAAAGCCUAAUGCUCUUUCUUCAUUUCACACUCUUCCUUGUCUUAGAUGGUUGUCUUAAGAGUACAACUAAAACUAGGCAUUUUGUUACCCUUUUCACUGCAAAAAUCUAUUUUUCAGGGACUUGCAACUUGUACAAGUGGAACCCUGACACAGAAUUCCAGUUUUUUUUUUCCAGGAAGUGAAGUCAGUUUCUGUAAGUUAGAUGCCCCUCAGUUGACAGGAUGUUCAGAUAUUUUAGAUAAAUUCUAUUGGUAAAAAACCUAAGUCUAUUCAUUUCAUAUGAUGGCACAUUUUUAAGUGUGCUAAAAUUACCUCUCCUUAAUACAAGCUCAUAUUUCCAAUUAAAAAGUGUCUUGAGUAAGAUUGAAUUCCUCCUGGUCACUAUCCAGUUUCUAGAUUUAUUAAUUAUCUCUCAGUGCUUAAUGGCAUGUGAGUAGUGCUUAGUGUAUGUUCCAGAAUAAAUAAUAGCUAAACUGAUAAGAGUUCAGCAGAUGAAAGCUGGAAGUCCAGAAAGUUCACAAGCUACUGUAGUGCUGGGAGGAAAAAACCCUUCAAAUACAUCUUGGAGCAUCUCCAUGUAUGGCAUGUCCUGCCCAAAAGGAGGCACUGCCCAAGCAAAGCAACUACAAGAAAUCUCGAGUGCUCAGUUUGGGUGCAGGGUGUUUGUCAGCUCUUUCUGUUACAGUACUGGUUCUGAAACUCUUUUGCCUGUGAAGCUUUCUGGCAGGGAAGUCCAAAAACUUGAGUUCUCAAAACUCUAUUGGAGUAACUGCCUCACUUUCUGCUGUCCAGCUGUGCUAUGUACUUUACACCCAGUGUUCAGGCACCUGGCAAAAUGUUUUCUCAAGUUCAUGGAUAUGUCACCCAUAGGUGACAUAGGCCUUUCUAGGAGGCCUUCCUAGAUAGUCUGAGACUGGAGAUCAGGUCAUUUAAGAAGUCACAGGACUCUCUUAAGAAGAACAUGUUUUUCUUACGGGGGGGGGGGGUAAGUAUGUUCUGAUGUCCUUCAUAAAAUCUAGGUGCUUUAAGCUUCAGUGAGUUUCCUCUGAGGUACAAGUGGACAUGACACUGCAGACUGCCACUCCUUCACUCACUGAGUUUUAGUUAUCUGGACCAGACUGGCCUGAGGGGUUGUGGAGUCUCCCUCUCUGCAGAUAGUCAAAACCCACCUGAACACAUUCCUCUGUGGUCUGGUACAAGUGAUCCUGCUCUGGCAGGCGGGUUGGACAGGAUGAGCUUUCACGAUCCCUUCCAUGCUCUGACAUUCUAUGAUUCUAUGAUUCUGUCUGGAAGAACUCAAUAAACUUUAUGGAAGGAGACACUUCAAAGUGAAAAACACACAAAAUGGCCCUGACUCAUCACCAGAUGACAGAAAAUUCAGCGUUCCGAGUGGAACCCUCCAGUAGAUGCAUCCCAGUAGCAACACAACCUAUCAGAAGUUCCCAACAUUUAGCUUCUGGAUUUCUGCUCUUUGGCAUGCUUCUGUCUAGUGGGGAUGUUAGGAAAUUAACUUUAUGGUCUUUGCAAUUGAGUCGUUUGUUUCACUACAGCAUGUAGGAAUUAAACAUAUUCUGCAUACCACAAGUA